UCUAUGAGAGGAACGGGGAUCGAUGGCUCAUACCGCAUGGCGCCAAAGAAGGGCAUGGCUAUAAUUCAGGGGUACACUUCACAUCCUAAGACAUGGUUCGAGCGCUUUUUCUUUGUCCGGAAAGAUGGGGAGUCUGUCGAGGAGAGCUACCUCCACCUAUUCCAUCGGGAGUGGAACUUCACCCGUGGUAAUACGAAUAGCUAUUUUUUUCAUUUUGAUACCUUGAAAACAUGCGAAGAUGAUUUUUGUUUUUAAUUAUCAUGCAGUGAACAGGAUCCUUCCGCUGACUCCUGCCGAUCUUUUUGCCAAGCGAGAUCUUCUCCGCGGCAGGCCGUUCUUCUGGAAUUCCUUCACCGUUGAACGGAUUCGAAGCGCGGUGGAGCUCCAUCGAUCUCGAGCCGUCUCUCAGCCUCUUGACGCUCCGUAUGACGUAGAACCGGUCAUUGAUGUCUUGCCUGCUCAGAGGCAGAGAACCAUGUCUCGGAAAGGCAAGGGAGUUACCUCUGAGAACGUCUUGGGAAACCCUCCGCUGCCAGAAUGGAACCCUAGUUUCUCCCUAGGGGAAAGGAGUGGAACCAGCGAGGUUCCCCCUCCCAGCGACUUUUUUGCCGACCUCCCUCCCGGUUUUACUACUCAUGAGUCGCUGGACGAAGAGUCGAGGAGGAAAGUAGUCGCCGAAGGCUCCAGCUUAAUCAACGAGGGGAUGAGGGUGUUCAAUGCGGCGCUCGACGGAAGUUUCCGGGAGUCGCGUAUCUCUCACUUCAAAGCCGAGGAGGCUGAAAGAGAACUCUUUCGGUUUCAGAAGGAGGUCGAAGAACAGAGCCGGAGACAGGCUGAGCUCCAUUCUCGGGCCCUUGUCCGUGCGGAGAGGAGAGGAAAGAGAGCGAUUGUCGCCGAAAUAAAGCGGAGGGCCGCUUUGUUUGCCACCGAAUUCGAGAGCUUUAAGGAUGCUCAAGAAUUCGUGGGCGAUUUUCGCGAGUGCUGUGGCUCGGUUGCUACCCUCUACAAGUCGCAGAACGAGGACUUAUCUUUUCCUGCCGAGGUCGCUGAGAUGUCGGGUCUUAUGAACGGGUGUGCCCAUGCCGAAUCCUUGGUUCCUCCGGUCGAAAGAAGGGUCCGACAGCUUUGGGAUUCCAUCGAGGUCUCGGAGGUCACGGCGGAAGCGGGAACCGGUGUUGGUGAUGAAGGUGCCAGAGUCGCGGACGGAGAGGUGGACCAGCCUGCGAGCUCGUUCAGGGUCUCCAUGUCCGGGUUCUUCGACUUUGAGGUUUGA